AUGUCUAACUUGACCCAGAGAGCGAUAGGAACGAAAAGAAUCGUCAUGGAUGAAUUCGAAACAAUAAAUCUCGACACCAAAGAGUGCAAGAUCUGUGGACAACAGACAGAGGAAGAAUUGAUUUCGUGUAUUUUGCGCGAGAAAUUUCCUCGGUCAGGAGGAAACACUACUGAGAAUGAGUCUUUGAAAGUAAACGAGGCCACCUUUGCUCAUCGGAUCUGUCUGGAAAGAUGGGACACUAUCAUGAAGAACACGUUCUAUCCUCAGCCGAAGAAAACGUGGAAAGAUCGGCUCAAAGGCUUUAUUAGCGCGGGAGAGGCCUCAAUAGAAACUUGGACUCCGGUUACUGCUUGUCAUUCGACUGAUACUUCGAACGAUCGAAAUCGGACGAUGUCAACAACAACAACAAAGUCCUUCUCAACGGCCUCGAACUGCUCUGUUUUCAGCAAGAGCAAAGAAGCUUAUCGAGUGGCAGAAGUCCGAAGCAAACAAGGACAAUGGCGAACUAGUAAAGUUCGAAUUUGUUCUGUGGACUCGGAAGAAGAACAGCAACGUUCAGCGUCUCCCAUUGCGAGUGAACAAAGCAAGUCCAUUUGGCACACAACAUCGACAUUGUUUCAGUGUGAUUUGAAUGAACUGAAGGAGGCGUUGGAGGAUCUAAAAAGGAGAAUAAAUGAGGUGUCAUCAGAUCUGGUAAUGCAGCUAGAGGAAAAAGAUAGUCUUCUUCAACAGAAACACACCAUGGAGACCACAGUGGGUCAACUUAUCAGUCUUCAGUCUAAUGUCAAGACAGCAAGUUCACAGAAUGCAUCAAAAUCUAUGAACCCCACCCACAACCAGCACAGUACCCUGUCUUGCAAAUGACACCCUAUUUGUGUUACUUUUUCAUGGUCUACGUAUGUGGUAGUUAUUUCUUUAGGGUGUAAGAAACUUGUUGCAGCAGUGGCCUUAACAACAGAACCAACUGUCUAAUCCGAAAACCUUACUACAGCCACUGUUCCCUUGAAAGGAACAUACAUGUUAGACUUUCUCAAAGUUGUUCACUUGGUUCUCUGUUCUGGUGUGGUAGGAUCAGCUCGGCUCGCAUGUCAUGCUCACUAUCACGCUACGCGCUCAAAAGCACGACGUGAGCAAGUCUACCUACAUGUUUACAUCCUGGGGGUCUAUCCCCUUGGUUCUUGCUGAAGGCCAUUUCACAUGAAAUCUGAUUUGUCACCUUUUAUAGAAGUUGUGAAACAGUCGGGGAAACGUAAUUGAAAAAGACCCACUCAGUCUUAAUCUUAACCCCUUAACUCCUAUGAGUGACCAAGACAUAAUUUCUCCUCACAAUAUCAAGACAAUAUCAAGUAGACAAGUGAUAAGAAUAAAGACAAAUAUUAAUCAGGGGAUUUUUAGUUGAUCCAGUGGGCCAAAUUCUCAAAACUAACACCAUAAGAAUUGUAUGACAGAAAAUAAGAAGAAUUACUUAUGAGAUCAGGAGAUUAUAGGGUUAAAUUGACUGCUCAAGUCAGUCACUUCUGAGAAAUAAACAACUCUGCAAGUUUAUGAGAAGGUGUGAUGGGCUUCUCCUGAAAUGAAACAGCUUGUUGUUCCUUUGGACAACCUUUUCAUUUUGUUAGAGAAGUUUUAUGUGAUUAGUAUUUAGGAUGUAUAGAGAUAAUUAUAACCAAAGAUUUUUAGUACGCCUUUACAAACUAAGUUUUUGCCACAUUUUUUUUCUGUUUUUUUUUUUCUUUUUACAGUGAGCCUUACUUCCAUGUAUGGUUUUAUUUCCAUAAAGAAAAUGAGGUUUGAAUGAUUGAUGACCUCUAAAGCAGUUCUUUCAAGUUUAGUUUUUGCUAAAAACAUGCAAAAAGAGUUAGAUGUAAAUUGUAAUCUGAUCAAAUCUUAGUUUUAAUUUAUUUUACCAGAGUUGACUUCACAGACUGUUGAUAUUACAUGUAUAUAUAUUCUAGAUAUUUUAAGGCCAGAUUAACAUAUUUGCCAAGGAAUCUGUGUGAUUUUACUCUAUACAACAUGUAAAUUAAUACUAAAAACUUCUGAAACUCUAAGAGAAAGUUAGUUUUU